UGUAAUAACCAAUGGCGAAAGUGUGGAAAUCGGUAUCCCAAUACCAAUUACCGAAAUUCUGAAUAUCGAAUUACAUUCUAAAAUCAAUCCCAAUCACAAUCCCUAAAUAAUUUAGGUAUCUCAAUCCCAGUUCCUAAAUAUUUCGGUAUCUUUAUCGGUAUUAUCGAAUACGGAAUUAAUUAUCUCUACAAUUAAUAAUUAAAUAUAUAAAUUAUAUUUGAUUAUUUAAUUUAGAGCAAAGAGAUUAAACAAAGAGUCUUGAGUUUGUCUAGAACUAGGAUAUGGAUAAGGAGAAUGGAGGAGAGGUGACAUCUCAAAUUCUUGUCAUUGGUAAUUCUUAAUUUGAGGAAUUGGAGGCUAAAAGAUGACUAAUACUAGUGUUUGCUUUUUGGACGAAUUCCAAAAAUACACAUGUUUUUAAAAAAAAUUCUCAAAAUACACACGUUAUAAUUUUUUUUUCCAAAAUACACAUGUUUGGGCAUCAUUGCUGUUGUCAACCGCAGUGAAUGCAUUCACCGCGGCAGACCAAAGCGGUGAAUGCAUCACCGCGGUUGACGGCCGCGGUGAAUACCCGACUUAACACUGAAACUUCAAACAAACGUAAUUUUGCACGCGGUUAUCCGAUUGUAGCGAAAUAUUUUUUUAUUACAUAUAACUUUUCAAGAUAUUUCAAUCUGCAACAAGACUUCAUCUCAAAAAAAUAUCGUUUGUUACCCCGAAUGAGCAAUUUUUCGAUUUUGCCGAACUUUGGAAGGACAUAAGUUUUAGCUCCUCAAUCCGAACGUCAUAAAGUUUGUUUUUAUUGCGCAUAACUUUUUAAGAACUACAACUUUGACUAGAAAAUAAUUUUUAAAAAAGAAGUAUUUUUGGGUAUACGAGAUUUUGGGAAUAACUUUGCCUUUACUUUUCACAAAUCCACAUACUUUCCAAAAUUAUAGUUAGAAUCAAAGUUGUAGUACUUCAAAAGUUAUGCAAAAUCAAAAAAAGUUUCAUGACAUUCGGAUUGCGGAGCACAAAGUUAUGAUCUUCCAAAGUUUGUCAAAUUUGAAAAAUUGCUCGUUCGGGGUAGCAAAUGAUUUUUUUUUGGGAUGAAGUAUAAUUUCAGAUUGAAAGAUCUUGAAAAUUUAUGUGGAAUAAAAAAAAACUCGCUACAAUUGGAUAACCGAGCGCAAAGUUACGUUUGUUUGAAGUUUAAAUGUUACGUCAGGAAUUCACCGCGACCGUCAACCACGGUGAUGCAUUCACCGCUUCUGUCUGCCGCGGUGAAUGCAUUCAAAACCGAAGGAAAAUGGCCUUUCGAAAAAAGCGGCUAAAAAUUACAAAAAUGCCAUCCGAAAAAAUUCGACCAAAUUUCCGACCAAAUCGGCCAUUGCUAGACUUCAUCGUUGGUGGAGAGUACCCUAAGGCCGAAUCUGUGAUCCGUCACAUUCAAAAUCCAAGGAAAAUGGACUUUCCAUAAAAUCGCCCGAAAUCGGUGAUGGUACCCCUUUGGAAACUGGUAAAAAUUGCCCCGGAAAUUUUCCGCCCGAAACCCUGUUUAAUAGACUUAUUCAUCCCUAAAGAAUAGCCUCAGGCUGAAUCCGUGAUCUGCACCCUUCAAAACCGAAGGAAAAUGGCCUUUCGAAAAAAGCGCCUAAAAAUUACGAAAAUGCCCUCCGGAAAAAUUCGACCAAAUCGGCCAUUGCUAGACUUCAUCGUUGGUGGAGAGUACCCUAAGACCGAAUCUGUGAUCCGUCGCAUUCAAAAUCCAAGGAAAAUGGACUUUCCAUAAAAUCGCCCAAAAUCGGUGAUGGUACCCCUUUGGAAAUGGCAAAAAUCGCCCCGAAAAUUUUCCGCCCGAAACCCUGUUUAAUAGACUUAUUCAUCCCUAAAGAAUAGCCUCAGGCUGAAUCCGUGAUCUGCACCCUUCAAAACCGAAGGAAAAUUGCCUUUCAAAAAAAAGCGCCUAAAAUUACGAAAAUGCCAUCCGGAAAAAUUUCCGACCAAAUCGGCCAUUGCUAGACUUCAUCGUUGAUGGAGAGUAUCCUAAGGCCGAAUCAGUGAUCCGUCGCAUUCAAAAUCCAAGGAAAAUGGACUUUCCAUAAAAUCGCCCAAAAUCGGUGAUGGUACGUACCCUUUGCAAACUAGAAAAAAUUGCCCCGGAAAUUUUCAGCCCGAAACCCUGUUUAAUAGACUUAUUCAUCCCUAAAGAAUAGCCUCAGGCUGAAUCCGUGAUCUGCACCAUUCAAAAUCGAAGGAAAAUGGCCUUUCGAAAAAAGCGCCUAAAAAUUACGAAAAAACCCGCCGGAAAAAUUCGACCAAAUUUCCGACCAAAUCGGCCAUUGCUAGACUUCAUCGUUGAUGAAGAGUAUCCUAAGGCCGAAUCAGUGAUCCGUCGCAUUCAAAAUCCAAGGAAAAUGGACUUUCCAUAAAAUCGCCCGAAAUCGGUGAUUGUACCCCUUUGGAAACUGGCAAAAAUUGCCCCGGAAAUUUUCCGCCCGAAACCCUGUUUAAUAGACUUAUUCAUCCCUAAAGAAUAGCCUCACGCUGAAACUGUGAUCUGCACCCUUCAAAACUGAAGUAAAACGGCCUUUCGAAAAAAGCGCCUCAAAAUUACGAAAGUACCCUCUGGAAAAAUUCGACCAAAUUUCCGACCAAAUCGGCCUUUGCUUGACAUCAUCGUUGGUGGAGAGUACCCUAAGGCCAAAUCUGUGAUCCGUCGCAUUCAAAAUCCAAGGAAAAUGGAUUUUAAUAAAAUCGCCCGAAAUCGGUGAUGGUACCCCUUUGGAAACUGGCAAAAAUUGCCCCAGAAAUUUUUCGCCGGAAACCCUGUUUAAUAGACUUAUUCAUCCCUAAAGAAUAGCCUCAGGCUGAAUUCGUGAUCUACACCCUUCAAAACCUAAGGAAAAUGGCCUUUCGAAAAAAGUGCCUCAAAAUUACGAAAAUUCCCUCCGGAAAAAUUCGACCAAAUCGGCCAUUGCUAGACUUCAUCGUAGGUGGAGAGUACCCUAAGGCCGAAUUUGUGAUUCGUCGCAUUCAAAAUCCAAGGAAAAUGGACUUUCCAUAAAAUCGCCCGCAAUCGGUGAUGGUACCCCUUUGGAAACUGGCAAAAAUUGCCCCGAAAAUUUUCCGCCCGAAACCCUGUUUAAUAGACUUAUUCAUCCCUAAAAAAUAGCCUCAGGCUGAAUCCGUGAUCUGCACCCUUCAAAACCGAAGGAAAAUUGCCUUUCAAAAAAAGCGCCUAAAAAUUACGAAAAUGCCAUCCGGAAAAAUUUCCGACGAAAUCGGCCAUAGCUAGACUUCAUCGUUGAUGGAGAGUAUCCUAAGGCCGAAUCAGUGAUCCGUCGCAUUCAAAAUCCAAGGAAUAUGGACUUUCCAUAAAAUCGCUCGAUAUCG